GCGGUCCGCAGGGCAACUUGAGGGAGGUUUACUGGGAUUCCAGGAACGAGCCAUGGGCCAAUCGUAAGUCGCACAAUAGGCUCAACGGCCGGUUUUGUUAACCACGUUCGUGCAGCGCUUUCUCUCGAUGUAAAGAACAGCUCCAACGUUAACCUGUAUGCGGCGAUUGGUGCCUCCGACUACCUGGGUGAGAAUGGAGUGACGCAGAACUACAUUAUCCAGGACGACAAACGCGCGACUGAGAUAACAUCCUUGAAUGAGACAGAACUCAUUGCCUGGGUACCAGGAAGCUCGGGUAAUCCCUCGACAGAUGCAUGGCUGCGUGGGGAUGAUGCAGGAGGUGCUAUCGCAGCUCUGGGCUGGCUGGACGAGAACGACAGUCCUGAAGCUAGGCUUUACUGUGUGGUUGGUGGUAACAUUCAUGAAAUUGUUUGCAGCCCCAACUCAUGCUGGACUGGUCGUGUGAUCUAGCAGUAGAAUGAAGGGAGGCUUACCAGAUGCAAAGCACCUAUUCGGGACAGUUUGGACAAUAGUAAACACAGUAAAAGUGUACGUUGUCAUCCACCUUAUCAGCCUAACGCAGAACUGGGUGAGUGUCUUUAGGGUGGGCUUUUGGCAAUGCCGUUACACGAAUCAUAGUUUCAGGUGGGCCCGCACCAACCUCCCCAACCACCUUCAAGCCCACCAGCGCACAGUUCGCCCAGAUACCCUCACUGCCUAGCUCCUCCUCACGUGUCUUUUAGCGUGCCAAGUAUCUAUCGAUAUAAAUACCGCCCUUCGCUCGAAAGUAAUUCUGCAUACUUACCUUCUUGCGAUGACCCAGCUCAAAGAUUGGGUUCAUCUGAGCGUCUGGUCUGCAUUGCACAGCGCGGUACUGGAUUCUCACGAGC